AUGGAGCACGGCAGCGUCAAGCUGCAGCUGCUGUUGGUGGCAGCGCUCUGCGUCUCGCCAUGGCAGGUCGCCGCGACGACGGUCAGUGGCACAGUUGGCGCCGGGCGUGGCCGGCCGCGGGUGCCGGCCGUUCUGGUGUUCGGCGACUCCAUCGUCGACACCGGCAACAACAACGCCGUGCUGACGCUCACCAAGUCCAACUUCAGGCCCUACGGCAAGGACCUCGACGGCGGCGUCCCCACCGGCCGCUUCUCCAACGGCCGCAUACCGCCGGACUUCCUAGCGUCACGGCUGGGCUUGAAAGACCUGGUGCCUGCCUACCUCGGCACCGACCUCACCGACGACGACCUCCUCACCGGCGUCAGCUUCGCCUCGGCCGGCACCGGCUACGAUCCCCUCACCUCCACUCUCGUGGCCGUCCUGCCGAUGCAGGAGGAGCUGAACAUGUUCGUCGAGUACAAGGAGAGGCUCGCCGGGAUCACCGGCGACGCCGCGAGGAUCGUGUCCGAGAGCCUGUUCCUCGUCUGCGCCGGCACCGACGACAUCGCCAACAACUACUACCUCGCCCCCGUCAGAUCACUGCAAUUCGAUGUUGCAGCCUACGUCGAUUUCCUCAACCAGCUAGCCUCCGAUUUCAUCAAGCAACUUCACCGGGAAGGGGCGAGGAGGAUCGCGGUCCUGGGGAUGCCGCCGAUCGGGUGCGUGCCGUCGCAGCGGGGCAUCGCCGGCGGCGGGGCGUGCGACGCGGCCCGCAACCGCGCGGCGCGGCUGUUCAACGCCAGGCUGGAGCAGGAGAUCGUCUCCCUCCAGAGGACGCUGCAGUGCCGGAGCAUCGGCUACGUCGACAUCUACGGCGUCCUGGAGGACAUGAUCACCGACCCCGGCAAAUACGGGUUUGACGUGUCGGCGAGAGGCUGCUGCGGCGCCGGAGACCUCGUGGUGGCGCUUCCCUGCACCGAGCUGACGGCGACGACGUGCGCCGAUGACCGGAAGUAUGUCUUCUGGGACAGCUACCACCCAACUGAGAGAGCGUACGGCAUGAUGGUGGAUUAUCUGUACCCAAGAUACGUGGAGAAGCUAAUCUCAUAUUGAGUUUGAUAAUGGGCACGAACGCACGGUAAUUGUUUAUGUACAGAGCAAAAUCUCCCGUUGAGUUUACUGUGUAAA